CGAGACGAAGGAACUGGCCGGGCCCACACCAAUCCGCCGAAUCUUCGGUCGCUGGCUCGGCGCCGCUGCGCCACCCGCGCGAGGCGCUCCGCUUCCUCCGCGUCCACAGUUCGACCGACGGGAUCCGCCCACCCGAGCACCACCAACGCAGCGACCCACCACCGGCCGCCGCCAUGCCGCGCUGCUGCCCCUGCGCGACCUCCUCCUCUCCCGCCCUGUUCCUCCUCCCCUCCGUUCCCGCCUCUUCCACCUCCAAAACCACCACCAGCAGCAGCAGGGUUGCCUUCUCCCCGUGCGAUGGCGCGUUCGGCUGUGUCAGCGGGAGGCUGCGGUGGGGGACGAGACCGAGAGCCAGGCACGCGACAGUCGCGGCGAGCGGCAAGGACGGGAGUGGUACGGCGGAGGAGGAGAAGGAAGAGGACGAGCCGGGGUUCAACCCGUUCGGUUUCGUCACGGACAACCCCUCCAGCCGCGGCGCCAUCCAGCUGCCCGCGGUUCCCGCCGAGGAUGGCAAUGUCGGCCAGAUGCUCUACAGGAUCGAGGACAAGGGGAGGGAGUACGGCUCGUAUGUCAGAUCAGGAGACUUUCGAUGGUUCGUGAGGGAGAUAGGUUCAUCUGAUGCACGGCGUGGGACUAUUGUGUUCCUUCACGGGGCUCCUACUCAAUCAUUUAGUUACCGCGUGGUUAUGGCUCAGAUGGCAGAUGCUGGUUACCACUGCUUUGCACCUGACUGGAUUGGAUUUGGGUUCAGUGAGAUGCCGCAACCUGGAUAUGGGUUCGACUUUAAAGAGGAGGAGUUCCACAAGGCAUUUGAUGAUCUUCUUGGUACUCUAAAUAUCACUGAGCCCUUCUUCUUAGUUGUCCAGGGAUUUCUUGUAGGUUCUUAUGGGCUGACAUGGGCACUGAACAACUCAAGCAAAGUCCUUAAGUUAGCAAUCCUUAACAGUCCACUUACUGUUUCUUCUCCAGUCCCUGGAUUGUUUCAGCAGCUAAAGUGGCCACUCGUUGGUGAAUUUACUUGUCAAAAUGCUGUUUUGGCCGAGCGUUUCAUUGAAGCAGGUAGCGCCUAUGUGCUGAAAUUGGAAAAGGCUGAUGUAUACAGAUUACCAUAUCUAUCCAGUGGUGCACCUGGAUUUGCUUUGCUUGAAGCUGCCAGGAAGGUCAACUUCCAAGAUGUGCUACGUAGAAUUUCGGCUGGAUUUUCAUCCAGUAGUUGGGAAAAACCAAUACUGCUUGCAUGGGGAAUAUCUGACAAGUACUUGCCGCUAUCGAUAGCUGAGGAAUUCAAGAAAGCUAAUCCCAAUGCUGUAAAACUGGAGGCGAUAGAAGGAGCUGGUCAUAUGCCGCAGGAGGACUGGCCAGAGAAGGUUGUGAAGGCCCUGGUAUCCUUCCUGUAAACGUGGACAGAGAUCACAAGGUCAUCUGCAAGGGUACGGGAGCAGAUAAAUAUGCAUGCUGACUGCCAUGUCUUGGCUUCGUCCAGCUGUCUGAUUUCAUUGUGCCGUUGAUUGCUUAGAUUCUGGUGGCGCGUGACGCAUCGUUACAAAGCUCCACGAGCGCACGUUUCAAAAGAAUAACAUGCGGAGAUUACGGUAACUUGAUAAGAGUUGAAAUUCAGUAAGGUAUAUAAGUGAUCAUACCGUGUUUCUCGUGCGUAUAAGAUUUAAGCCAUACUCUUUUUCUUCUUCUUUUUUGCACAUUGUAUUGUUAACCAGAGCAUUUGGUCAGUGGUCGCACCUGUACGGCUUGUAUACAUAAUUGUAUGCGACUUUGGAUACAUGUGGUAAGUGGUAUAUAUAGUUACAGAAUUUUGAAAUAAA